GCAGGAAUGCCGGCUUGUUGCUUGAUCGUGUCACGAACUUUUAUGCAUACCUAUGAUCGAUUGUUGAUGACCAUUCAGUGUUCAUUGAUUAACUGAUCGUAAAGCAAACGGUUUUGUGAAUACGGCCUUUACCUUACAGUUGAAGAGUAAGAUGAAAGAUCAGUGAUCGUAUUGCUUCCUUUAGACUUCUGCCUUGCAUUGAUUUUAUUUUGUUUCCAUCUGUAGCAAACAAAUAGCAUACAAGCAUCAUCAUUCAAAUUCUCACAUAUUUUGACACACAUUAACUGUAACCUAUCGGCAUCCAGGGGGUAGCAGGCUUUCUGUUUUCAUCCCACGCACUUUACUCUGAAGCUCAAGAUUAGGCAACUCCAUUAAAUAUAGAUGGAUAUAAUUUCAACAAACGCAAAACAAAACUAUCUUCGAAAGAGUUCAGGAUCUCCUCAGCCUCAUUAAAGUCUUUCAACUGAGAUAUUUGACUGUUCUUUCCCUAAAUUUGAAUCAUGGCUGGAAGACGCUAUUUUGUCAAUAAUAUGGCUGAUUCUGCUGGAAAAUAUUUUGAAAUUCCAAAAGAAGACAUCAAGACCCUCUGUUAUUCCUAUCUUCAGCGUGUUUUCGAUGAACAGACUCUUACAUCUGAGGAUGCAGAUGGUGGAAUCUAUAUUGGUUUGGCAGGUGUUAGUUACAUGUGCUAUUAUUUGGCUGAGCAUCCAGAGUUUGCUGAACUGAGAGAUGAUUUAUUGGAACGGAGUCAAUAUUACUUGCAGUAUGCCCUAACAGUUGCAGAAACUCCUAAUCUUAUAACCUCAAGAGCAGCUUUUCUAUUUGGGGGCUGUGGGACUUACGCUCUUGCAGCUGCUGUGUAUAGAGCUCUUGGGAAGGAGAGAGAAAGUAGAUAUUUUCUUGGAAAGUAUGUUUCUUUCGCUGAUGGAUGUCAACGUCCAGAUUUUUUGGGCUGCGGUUUAUAUGAAGUUUUGGGAGGAAGAGCUGGCUAUUUAUCUGGAAUUCUCUUUCUACAAAAGGUGUUUGGAUCUGAGAUAUUGCCAGAAGAUAGGAUUAACAGAAUAUGUGCAACCAUUGUGCAUGCUGGUGUGAACUAUUCUAGGAGACAUAGAUCUCCUUGCCCCCUCAUGUAUGCGUAUCAUGGUACAGAAUAUUUAGGGGCGGCUCAUGGCUUAUCAGGCAUUCUCCAGGUGUUGUUGGGCUUUCCCAAAUUUUUGCAAAGAUAUCCAGAUGCAGAAUCAUUGAUAAAACGCUCUAUUGAUUGGCUUCUGAGUGUGCAGUGUCCGUCAGGUAAUUUCCCAUGUGCUCUGGAGGAAGUGACAAAACCUAAACCAGAAUCCCAAGAUUUUAUACAUUGGUGCCAUGGAGCUCCCGGUGUUGUUUAUUUAAUGGCCAAGGCUUACUUGAGAUGGAAUGACGAAAAGUAUUUCCGUUCCUGUCUUGCAUGUGGAGAUAUUGUGUGGAAAAAAGGACUGUUGAGAAAAGGCCCUGGUAUCUGUCAUGGUGUUGCUGGGAAUGCUUAUAUCUUUUUGCUCUUGUUUCGCCUGACAGAGCAUUACAAGCACCUGCACCGCGCUCUGCAAUUUGCUAACUUUCUUAAAAGUGACGAGUUCAAACAGGCCCGCAUUCCCGAUAAACCACUUAGCUUAUUUCAAGGGCUCUCUGGUACUGCUUGUUUCUUAGCAGAUCUCUUGGAACCAAAGAUGGCACAUUUUCCAUUAUUCGAUAUAUUCUAAGUUCAGUUUGUUUAUUUUAUUCUGUGGUUUAUUUUGUGAAGAAAUUGACUAUAAACGGGGGGGGGGGGAGGUAAAAAGUCCUAAACGCACUCAUUUUUUGCCUAGUUUUUGUGUUUGACAAUUUUUCAUUAUGAAAUUAUCGUAUUAACUAUUGUUAUUCAUUCUAAUGCAUUUAUUCAUGCUGAUUGCAAAUCUGUUACUAAUUUUUUUAUGCCGCAAGUAUUUUUUUAUAGUACAAUUGCCUUAACGCAAGAAUGAGAAGAAUGUACAGAUUAACAUUAUAUACGUGGCAGAAUAACACAAUAAUUUGCAAAUUCGGUAAAUUUAAUAUGCAUUUUGAAAAUUAAAUGGUUUUUACAUAUUUGAGCAUAAUUAUUUUACGGACCAGCCGUUUGCUUUUGUUACGAUUCUAUGUCUUUUUGACAUAGAAGACAUCAAUUCCACAAGCAGGUUUUUCGUAGUUGAAGGAAAAUAUUAAAGCUUCAGUUAACUCACGUUUGAAAGGGUUUUUUUUUUAUUUUUGAAAUAUUAUAACCAAUUUUAUGUCAAAGCUUCUCUAUCCUAUUAAGAUCUGGAGACUGCCUUGGUCAGUUCAUCCUAUUCACAAUAUUGUCUUCCAACCAUCUCUGGACUAAUUUGGCACAGUAACAUUGAGCAUUAUCCCCCCUGAAAAAUUUAUGACUGAUCCUUAAAAAGAUCUUUCGCUGAUGGUAACAAUUUAUUUUGUAGUACUUCAAGGUUAUCUCCUGCUUUAACUGUUCCGUGCAUGUUGUGAGGUCUUCCAAUACCACGAGACUUUAGUCUUUUUAUUUGACCAUAUGUUUGGCGCAAUAUAGCCUUUCCUGGUUCUUGUGCCAUUAAAACAGAUAAACCAAACCAUCCAAUACCACGAGGACAAUGAGGGCUGAAUUCCUCAUGAGUACGUUGUCUUACAUAGGCACUACUUUGGUUACCAGAAAUACUAAACUGACUUUCAUCACUAAGCAUUUCCUUUUCCCUGUUUUCAGUAGCAUAUAAGAUCCCUUACCCACGCCAACCGCCCCUUGCGUUGGAAAUUCGUUUGGGAUGGUUUUGGGCGAGCUUUGCAGUCUCGUAAUCCAAAUUCAAAUAAUCUUCCUCUCACAGUUGUUAUGCACUCAUUCGCAUUUGAUGUCAAAUUCCAUUGUUUCAGAAGUUGUGGUGAAUUAAGCUUUCUGUUUGAAAGUUAAAUUCAGUGCAUGACAUUGUCUUCACUUAAAGUUGUUUUCCUCGGUCGCCCAGUUCGCUUCUCGUUCUCAGUAGAAUUUGUUUCAGAAUAUCUUUUCAACGUUCUCACUGCAGUAGAAAUUUCCCUUGGUACUUUAGUGGCAAUUUGUUACAUAAAAUUACCUUUUCUCUUCAAAAGUAUUACUUGUACCUUUUACUUUCAAGCAGAAAUGAGUAUUUACCGAUAAUUUUAAUAUUUUCCAUAUAUGCACUUCAAAUUGCAACAUCAAUUUCUUUCAAUGCAUUUAAAGAUGUUGACCCCUCUGCUUUCAGUCCUUCUUCACUAUUGCUCUCUGAUUGGUUCGAACUGAGCAUUUCAUUAGUUGAAAAUGUAGACACUCAUUAUUACAAUGACUUAGCGCUUGUUUUAUCAUGGUUCUUUUUUUCUUCAAAAUGUUGAUGAAAAAACUUUACUUGAAUAUCUACAGAUUUGAAAUCAGACAUAAAAAAAUAUGUUAGAAUAAAUAACAAAAAUUAAAAUAGUGUGAUAAUUUUAAACGAAAAAUUAAGUCAAACAUAAAAAUUCGGCAAAAUCAUGAGUGUAUCAGGACCGUAUUUUUCUUUGAAUCUAUGAUUGAUAUGAACGAAUUAUAUUUGUAGUCAUUAAAUUCGUUCACAUUCCUGAUUUCAUUUAACAUUUUUUAAAUAUAUUAGGAAUUUUAUUUUUGUGGUAGCAGUGUUUUGUUUUUCAUUUUCUUGUUAUUUGUGCUAAUUGCAAACUGAAUCGAAAAGAAAAGUUUUCAUUUAUAAAGCCAUUCAUGUCUAAUUAAUAUUUUAUUACAUGAAGAAAGUGGGAUCCGCUUACAGGACUAAAUGACGGAACGAAACGACAAUUUUGUAGCAAAACUCAAUGACCGAAUUAGGCAAGUUGCUGCCCCAGGCAGUGCAUAUUGAGAAAAUCCCCACUUUUUAUAAACUGAUUAAUUUAGUUCAAAAUUUCAGUAUUUUUAAAAAUUUAAUCAACAUUUAAUGAUAUAUCUUAAAUUAUUUUUAUCUCUUAAAAAUCUAUAUUUUUAUUUAUUUAUUUUUGAUAAGUUUGCAUAUCAUCGGAAAAUUGUUAAAGUAAUAAAUUUCUUGAAAAUUUUAAGAUAAAUAUUGGAUAAUUAUUCCUUUAUAUAUAAAUAAAAGUAUUUAUUACAGAUUAUAAGGACUACCAAAUAAAAUAAUUCGAUAUAGCAAUUAGCACAAAUAACAACAGAUUAGGGAAUUUAUUUAUCUUUUUUUAUGAUUUGCCAUCUAGAAGUUUAUGUAUUCAGAACACAUGAAGUUCUUGAAUAUAUAUAAAUAAUUUCGUUAUUUGGAGACAAGAACCGGAAGCAUGUGUACUGGCCAAAUUAAGUUUAUGAGCUUAAUAAGAGCUGGCUAAUGAAAUCUUAUUUCUAAUCAAUGUAUUCGGCUAAUGGAAUCUUAUUUCUAAUCAAUAUAUUGGACUUAUGGAAUCUUAUUUUUAAUUAAAGACUGAGCUCCAUCAUAUUGACCAGACACAUUUUAUUGCUGGCAUUAUUGUAAUACUGUCCUCUUGUAUAUUCAAUUGAGAAAGUGUCUCUAAAACUAAAUUCUACAUUUUAAUUGCUGAAUAAUUUACUCAAUUGCAUGAAUUUAAUAAAUCAAGGUACAAAAUCGUCAUUAAAGAAAACAUAUCAACUGCAAAGAUUAAUUAAUCUGAAUGAAUAAUAUCUUAGAUAGAAUCAAUAUGCAUGAUAUCAUACAUUUUAGUUCCUUGAUUAUUUCAUUUACCACUCUUUUAUAUAUAAGCUCUAAGUAUUCUAUGCAUGUCGUUUUAAAUAAAUGAUAGAUUUAACUUGGAUGUGAUGCUUUCUAUGUAAUUUUUGAAAAAAAAAAAUCAUCGUAUUGUGGAAAUCGAAUACUCCCACAACAUUUCCAUUGUUUAUCUGAAAUACAGUCAACAUGUAUGAAAUUAUGUGUUUUAAUUCCUUGAUUAUUUUAUUUACCACUCUAUAUUCGGAAUUAUUUUAUACUAAGAAUUCUAUGCAUGCUGUUUUAGAUAAAUAAUAGAUUUGUCCUUGAUGUGAUGUGAUGUUUUCUAUGUGAUUUUUAAAAAAAAAUCAUCAUAUUCUGAAAAUUUAACAUUCCUAAAACAUUUUCAUUAUUAAGUUAUUCGAAAAUUCAUCUUAAGUACAGUCAACAUGUAUGAGGUUAUGUGUUUUAGUUCCUUGAUUAUUUAAUUACCACUGUUUUGUAUUCAGGCUCUAAGAAUUCUAUGCAUGCUGUUUUGGAUAAAUAAUAGGUUUGUUCUAGAUGUCAUGUGAUAUUUUCUAUGUGAUUUUUUUUAAAAAAAAAUUCAUCAUAUUUUGGAAAUUUAAUAUUUCUAACACAUUUUCAUUGUUAAAUUAUUCGAAAAUUCAUCUGAGGUGAAUCAAUAUGUAUGAAAUAAUUUGUUUCAGUUCCUUGAUUACAUUAUUACCACUCUUUUAUAUAUAAGCUCUAAGAAUUCUAUUCAUGUUGCUUUAGAUAAAUGAUAUUUGUCCUAGAUGUGAUGUGAUGUGAUGAAAUGUGAUGUGAUGUUUUCUAUGUGAUUUUUUAUAAAAUUCAUCAUAUUUUGGAAAUUUAAUAUUUCUGAAACAUUUCCAUUGUUAAGUGAUCCAAAAAAUUCAUCUGAGGUGGAAUCAACAUGCAUGAAAUUGUGUGUUUUAGUUCCUUGAUUAUUUUAUUUAUCACUCUUUUUUUACAUAUAAGCUCUAAGAAUUCUACGCAUGUUGUUUUAGAUAAAUGGUAGAUUUGUUCUAGAUGUGAUGUGAUGUUUUCUAUGUGAAUUUUUUAUAAAGUUCAUCAUAUUUUGAAAAUCUAAUAUUCCUAAAACAUUUCCAUUGUAAAAGGAUCUGAAAAAUUCAUCUAAGGUGGAAUCAAUAUGUAUAAAAUAGUGUGUUUUAGUUCCUUGAUUAUUUUAUUUACCACUCCUUUAUAUAUAAGCUUUAAGGAUUCUAUACAUGUUGUUUUAGAAAAAUGGUAGAUUUGUUCUAGAUGUGAUGUGAUGUUUUCUAUGUGAUUUUUAAAAAAAUCAUCAUAUUCUGGUAAUUUAAUAUCCCUAAAACAUUUUCAUUGUUAAGUGAUCCCAAAAAACUCAUGUAUCCCUUUGCCGUGAAAUAUUAAAAUCCUGAUGCCAAGAAAUUUUAUUGCAUGAACAACACGCUUCAACUCAUUGUGCCAGUGUUCCACUUCUUUUUUAUACAUUUGAUGUAUUGUGGGAUCAGUUUUCCCAAAGAAUUGC